AUAUUCGCUAUUUGUUGUACUCUACCCUACAGGAGUCACGGGAGAAAUACUCACUAUGUUGGCAGCAUUUCCUUACAUCAGGGACAGACAGACAUUGUCCAUAUUGUUACCAAAUCGUGCAAAUAUCUCCUUUCACUUCCAUUAUGUACUAAUUGGGAUAUUACUGUCAUAUGUUCCAUUUUUCCCUCAGCUGUUUGGUCACCUUUUGAAGCAACGUCGUCGUGUACUCUCUCCAGUCAAGGAGGAUGCUAAGGAACAGUAAAAGAGUGGUUAUUUGUAUGUAACAGUUGGUACAAAUGCUCAACAAAUGACCUUCAAAGUUCUUGUGAAAACAUAGGUAGUGAUCCUUGUAGCUUUCAAGACCUUUAAAAACUCAAUUAAAUAAAUAGAAAUUUUACAGUCUCUCAUACAAACUUACAAUAUGCAUGUUUAAAGAUGUACAUCAGUAAGCAACCACAACUUUCCAAGGUCUGGCUUAGGCUUAAAAAAUUAAGAUAGCUUUGAAUUUUUACACAAAGCUCAGCUGAAAUGCAUAUUUUUUAGUGUGGACUAAUUAUUUUAUUUCUUAACAUCACACUUUUAAUUUUACAAACUAAAUAUAUAUAUGACUUUUGUUCUUAAAAUUAAUUACUUACAACUUCUGGGUUAUGAGAGAGGGAAUUGUAUUAUUAAACUGUAUUCAUAUGUAUAUAACAUCUUACUGCUUAUAUCAAUUAUGUCAUGGUUUUGUUGCAGUUUAAAACUUAUGUAUAGUGGUUCUGAAAUAAAAUUUUGGAUAUUUUA